AAAUGAAUACUUGUAUCUGAUGACAUAAUCUACCCUAUCGCUGAUGCAAGAUAUGGAGUCAAUGAUACUAAAUAUAAUCAGAUGUCCAUAAAGUCAAGAUGGAGAAUAAAAAGGGAAAUAUGAAGCCACACCUACCACAUGGGUGGGUUGCAAAGCAAUCAAAGAGUUACCCUGAUAGGUUAUAUUACUUCAAUAUCUUGACAGGAAGUACUAGCUGGGAAGUACCAAAGUCUAUGCCAAAGGUGCAAAAUAAACCAAAGCAGAGAGCACAAGAAGAAAAUGACUCGGGAAUAUAUUCUAGUCCAUCAAGCUCAAGCAAUCAACUGAGCCCCCUUUAUUCAAAAACCAACACCACCACAAGCACACAUAUAAGAAGAACAAGUGAAGGAGGUAACUUGAGUACGACUAAGAAGAGUCCAGUUAAGUUGGCCCAUAAACCAGUUAGUGCAAUGGUACCACGUGCUAGUGCAAUGGUACCACGUGCUGUCUCUAAGGCCUCACCAAGAGGCAAACCAGUUGAGAUUCAAAGGAAACUUAAGGCUGAUGUAUCACUGUAUGGUUCAAUACCAGAUUCAACCACUCCGCAUCUUGAAUUUGCCGAGAACAAGUGGAAACCUAUUGACCAGAAGGUUGAGAAAGCGCAGCAAAAUGACAUUAGUUCAGGUGUUUCUCGUAAAGUGCUACAGGCCAAGUCAAGGAGUGGAACUGGUAGAACAGUUAAUCCUCAACUAGUCAGGAAUGAUACAGAAAUAACGGAAACAAAAAGACUGAAAAAACCAGUGAAGCUAAAAUGGGAAAGACUAGAUUUGAAACCAAAGGAGGCUGUUCAGUUGAAACGUAAGUCCACUACUAAUCUUUCUGAUGUGUUUCCAGAUAUGAAAACAAAACCUGCAGCUCCAAAUAAACCUUUACAAAAUCCACCCAAGUCUAAAAGUAAAAAUGAACUCAACUCAAUGCAUAGAAAAAUUCCUCCCAGUCAGAAAUCAACUAUGAAAAAAGAAGGCAUUUUGAAAAGACAGGAAAUCUCAGAGAAAUCAAAAUCUCCACUUACAAGCUCAAACCAGCCACGUCCCAAGACAAUAAUAGAAACUGCCUUAGGCAGUGUGUCCAAGGGUAACACAUCUGUGCAAAAAUCUCAAUUUGAAAAAUCUCAGGAAGACACAAGAAAGGUAGUGUUAGCAAAUCAAAAUUCAAUGAUCAUUAAAACUGCUGACUCCCAAGAAGAAAAACAUCGAAUUAAUAACACUCCAGCUUCGACUGUGAUAAAUAAAAAUCCAAAUCCAAAACGUCGGAAAUCUAGAGAGGAUUGGCUCUCAAUUCUUACUCCUAAUUCGUACUCAAUCAGUGUACCAAAUGCUCAAGCCAGUGCCAAAUACAAUCCUAAUCCAAUGGCCGGAUUAAAUCCCAUUUCCAAGGUUGCCAUUGGAAAACUAGUCAAUCAACAAUCAGGUGCUCCUAAACUAAGCAAUAAACCCAGUGAGAAACUGGUCAGGGAUAUUUCAGUGAAUUCUCAGAUGGAGUGCUCACAGUCUGAGCCUGAGGUUAGUUCUCAAUCUGAACAAAAGCUGGCAAAUGUAGAGACAUGGCUGACUGGCUUAGAACCAAUGAAACAACAAACACCAGUUGCAACAUCAUUUCAAGGACUCCCAUUAGGGUUCAUGCCGUUUGUUCCUAGAGAGAGCAGUAGCCAAGAGAUGGAGGUAGAGAUGUCUGAAUCUGAGAAAAUAAGUGCUGAUUUGAGUAAAGUCAGAUCAACAUUGGACUAUCAGAACUAUGAGGCAGUGGGUAAAUUAACACAAAUGAUAGACGUUACCAUGGUUCCCGAUGGCAAGAACACAGCAGUUGAUGUAGACACCCAGAAAGUGUUCAUCAUACUAGAUACCAACAUUCUAAUGAAUGAUCUAAACUUUGUUGAAGAAAUCAAAGACCAGGAUUUCAAAGGUGUAGGGAAACCACAUCUAGUUAUACCAUGGGUGGUCAUGCAGGAGUUAGAUGCUCUCAAAGACAGCAAGGACCCCAGACUGAGCAGAGAAGUGGCUUUGUCUACACAAUUGAAUGCCAGAAAACCAGUGAAUUUUCUCUACAAUUGCCAUAAAUGUAGACACCCUAGAGUAAUUGGGCAGACCCCACAAGAGCAAUCUAUUUCUCUUGAGGACUUCGAGAUAGAGACCAAUGAUGAUAAAGUGAUACAGUGCUGUCUUCUCUGGUCACACAAAUAUCCUAGAAGUGAAGUCUGUCUAUUCACCAAUGACAUGCAUCUCACUAAUAAGGCAAGUGUGAUGGGGAUCAAUGUAUUUUAUACACAGAAGGAACUAGUCAUUUGGCUGAAAUCUCAUGAACCUUAUGUGCCGCCUAAACCUGUGACACCUGUCAAUCAUAAUCCACUCUUAACUGAAGCCACACCCACUGACAACAAAGAGAGUGUGAAGUCAAGACUACAACAGGAAAUUAGUCUGGCAGAUGAUAUACUUUGUGAGUGUAAAUCAGCCAUGCGCGGAGCCCUGACUGUUGUCUUGCAAGUAGAAAUGGAGCAGGCCUUUGAACACCUCUGGAGGAGUAUGGUCUUCAGGAAACCUCCCUGGUCGUUUUAUCAACUACUGGAGUGUUUGCAGAAGCACUGGAUUGCAGUGUUUGGUUUAUUCCUCUCUCGUAAUAGCGAGGACUGCAUUAAAAACCUCCUACUGGAGUUCAAGCCAUCCAAAGAGUUUGGCAAGAAUGUGAGACAGGCAAAGUGUAUUCUUAGAGAUGGACUCUCCCUCCUUAAUGAUCUUUGCAAACAUUCAAGUCUUUAUGGAAGUGUCUUUGAAGUGGCAUUAAAAACAAUACAGCAGUUGGUAUGUGUUUGUGAUGAUGUCCUGGCAGAUAAGGUUCCCCCUCUCAGCCUAAAGGAACUGCUACAAUUCAAGAAUCAGGGAAAUGAAACUUCCAAAGAACUUUGCUCCAUUGCUCCAAUACAGAACCAGUCAACUAUGCCUUCUACCUUUCAACGGAGAAGCUCAAUAGGACUUGAAGAUCUCAUGGAUUCACCCUCACCCCAAAGCAGAAAUUCUUCACCUCCAAAGAUACAUAUGGCAACGAUGAUACAGCUCAAAUUCCAAAACAUAUGGGAGAGCCUGUUAUCAUAUGGGAACCAGAUGCCUCAGCUAGAAGACCCUGUAUUACGUACUGAAGAAAACAUCAAUCUUUUGAGACGCAUUGUCUUCAGGACGAUGCUAAUUCAUCAAUGCUUUGAAGAGGUCUUAAAGGUUCCAUGUGAUUCCAUAAAAGAACAUUUUGCAACUUUUGACAAGCUUGUUAACUGUCUGAACUGUUACUUCACUGACAUAGGGGUAGAUAAACAUCUAGAUGAUGAUAAGAUCUCAACAGAACAGUUGAUGAAGUUCUACAAAGCUGCUGACAAUAGAGAAAUGCUGCAAGUAGGAUUCAACCAACUACUUGAUAUACAGGCAUUAUAUCAGAAAAAUAUGCACCUCUUGAACGUAAAUUACAAUUCAGGAAUAUGAGUAAUGUGAGUGUAAUCUAGUUGGACUAAAAACACAUAUUAUGUAGUUAUAAGGAUGACCACUGCAUCAGCUGGAUGAGAAUAUAAUUCAAAUUAACAUAUAAGCAUCACAUCAAUUUGAUAUGUACAGGAUUCAGCGAACUAUGACAACUAUGUUUCUAUUGAGUGUGUAACGUUUACACUGUAAACCAAGAAACACACCUGUAUAAAAUGUAAUGACUUGAUAUUAUCAAACACUUUAUAUUGAACCUUUGAUAAAAAACAGAAUUUUGAAAUUACAUAGUACUAUGUAAAAAUUUUGUUACCCAAAAUAGUUAAAUCAUCGUUACAUAAUUAUGUAAAAAUUUUGAUACCCAAAAUAGUUGAAUCAGUAUUGACAGUAUAUACAGGGUGGGGCAAAAGUAGGUAUACAUUUAUUCAACAAUCUUUUUUAACUGAAAACCUAUUUUUGGGCCUCCCUGUAUAGUUGUGUGUACAGAAGUUAACAAAAAGGGAACAGGAAUUCUACAUGUACAUGUGUAUUGUAUAUGUGAUCAUGGUGAACGUUUAGUCAGUGAAUUUUUUGAAGAGAUGUAAAUGAUCUAAAGCAGUUUAUUUUAGAUGUUCAGGGAAAAGAGUAAUACCUCAGAGUGCCAGAAAUUACAUUGUUUCCAUGUUUUAUAGAGACUGACUCAAGUGCCUUCAUUUAUACAGCAAUUUGUGCUGAAUUGUUUAUAAAUGUGUACUUAAAAUGUUAGACUGUUCAAUAAUCGUGAGGUGUUCAUACUUGUAUCAUUAAAGGAUUUAAGUCCAGGAUUCAAUGAAUUGUAAAUGAUUUAAAUCAUGUAUAUCUAGCUUGCAUGAAUCCCUUAUGACCUUCUCCCCAUACAUCUUGUUCUAGUAUAAGGGAGGGAGGGAGGUAGGUUCUAUAGACCAGUAUGGCUUAAUAUUUUACCUCAGAUCAUGGGCUUUCAACUAGAAGCCCAUGCUCAGAUGCAUGUAUUGCUCAAUCAUUCU